UUUUCCUCCCUCUCUCAGGUAUAGACAUCCAACAACAAACAGCUAUAACGUCGCAGAUUGAGAACGGAGAGCAGUGGAACACAUCUCCAACACAGACCGGUGUAAUUUUCGCGCAUUUAAUAGGAAAUACUGCAGAGUUACUCUUUAAACGGGAUUACUGAGGAAGAAACACGACACUGCGAUUCAGCAUUUGCGGCGUGUAGCCUACUUUUCAGUGCAUUGAACUUUUGAGCCACAAAGCAUUUGAUUUUGCAUCUAUUCCUUUUUUUCAACAUAUCGGAUAAAGAAAUCACUGAGUGCACCCCAGAAGAAAGGAGGAUGGUUUUCCACAGAGAAAGAGAGAAUGAGCGUCUGCCGCUCUCUUGCAUCCUGCCGCAUCUGUAUCUGGGUGCAGAGACGGACGUCACGCAGGACAGUCUGUCUGCGCGGGGAAUAUCAUACGUGCUGAGCGUCAGCCGCUGCUCCCCUCAGCCCACAUUUCUUCCCAAGUCUCAGUACCUCCGGAUUCCCAUUGACGACUCCCUGCGGGACGACCUGCUGCCGUGGAUUCCACAGGCGCUACGCUUCAUUGAUGGGGCCAUGUCUUUGGGAUGCUCUGUGCUGGUGCACUGUGCAGCUGGUAUUUCUCGUUCUCCAGCUCUUGCUGUGGCCUACAUAAUGUAUCACCUGGGAAUGGAUCUGGAUCAUGCAUACAGAUUUGUCAAGGAGCGCCGACCCUCCAUCUCCCCAAAUUUUAACUUCCUGGGUCAGCUUCAGCUUUUCCAGGGUACUCUCACCCCCGCAUGCACAAAUCCACACCAUACGCUUGAGCCGUCUGGUAGAGCUUUGGACCUACCACAACCAUUCCCUACCACUGACCACACAGAUUGUAGCUCCUCUGUAUUGCUAUCAACCAAACUCAAUCCCAGUGCUCAGGACAUGAAGCGUGGCAACAAGGAACACGGAGAAGGUUGUGUAAACACACACUGUGACCCCUCCAACAGCAAAGAUGGCACGGCAGUACAGAGUGGAAACAAAGGACUGGCCCAGACAAAGUCUCCUGAGUUCACUCUGUCGCUCUCUGAUAAGCUCAAAAGUCUCACUCUUUCACUCAAGCCCAUAGAGGUGCAGGCACUGUCAGAAGCCCAGCGGAAUCCCCAGAAGCCCAUCACACUACAAAUCCCAUCAGACCCGGUGUCGGUCUCAGAGAAGCGCCAACGUCUCACUUUAGCCCUCACCCCUGUGAGUGUCUCCCUUCAGACACCACAGAGGCACACCACACAGAGCAGCAAGAGGGCCGACCUCCGUCAGGAUGCAACUACCAGUUCACAACUCCUCCACAUGGGGGAGUCCGGAGCACAGCACAGAGCUACAAAGUCACAGAGGAAAGCAGAAAAGGAAAAAGAGAGGCAGAGGAAAGCUUUAAGUUCUCAACACCCUAAUGCACAUCAAGGAUCUUCGCGAUCUCUCACAAGGAGAAAGGACAGGCAGAGCCAAGACGGAGCAGUGACAGCCCGGAAGGAUGCAGAGGCAAAGCUAAGAGUGGUCAAAAGCCACCAGGGGGUGCCAGAGCGUAGCAAACCCAAGACAGAAAGCAUCAAAGAGAUUCCCUCCAUGAAUAUUAAUGGGUCUCUACAGAAGGUGCAUACAUCCACCGCUGUGGAGGCGGUUGAGGGGUUAAGUGGCGACACGCAUCUCGUGUCUCCGCUAAGUCUCACUGUAAAUAAGCUGUUAGAUUGGGGAGAGAAGAUGCUGCUCGGGGUGCUAUUAGGCCCUCGCAUCAAAGUCGGCCAGCCUGCCUUACCCUACAGGUGCUGAAAGAAAGGUGAUGUGGCCAAUAGUAGUCUGGACAGUUGGGAAAAAUUAAAAAUGAAUGGAUAUAAAAAAGACGGUAAAGUCACAGGAAUAUCAUGGGAAAGAGUGAGCGUUUUUUGUGUGAGGAUUUUUGUUUGAAUGACUGGACCCCAUACUUUUCUCACUGGGAGAGCCGUUUUCAAAUCGAUAGUGAAUAAGAAUACUAAAGGAACUCAGGAUGCCUGACCCCAGAGCAGGGCUCUUGCUUAGGCAUUUGUUGAACAGACACCCUCAUUGCAUGUUUAUCAUUUAUUCUAGAUUUGACAGACAUACACACUUUCCUGUUAAGGAAUGGCCUGUCAUCACAUGUCUUUAUUGUUGACUUGUUUGAAAUGGACUGUAGGUGUAUCCUAUUCUUGAAAUAAGUGAUUUAUAAGUGUCUGUACUUUUCAGAGACUUGCUUGAGUGUGUGGAUUUAUUAUUUAUGAAAUGACAAAUUUAUUAAAUUAUUACUAUUUAUUAAAUUGAUAUUUUGAUGAUGGUAUUUUAGCACCACAGCUUGUACUGAAAUCACAGUAUU